AUGGGUGAAGUUUCGUCUGUACCACCCAAAUUUAAGACCGAAUUGGCUGAAUACUCGGUGUCCCACGAAGAAAAGUCUGGUCCCUAUGUUGAUAACCUAGAAGUCGAUGCAUUGGUUGUAGGAGCAGGUUUUGCUGGAAUAUUCAUGCUUAAGACUCUGCGAGACCGUGGACUCAGGACAGUUAUAUUUGAAGCUGGAAAUGACCUUGGGGGUACCUGGCGCUGGAACUGUUAUCCCGGCGCAGGGGUAGACUCGGAGGUUCCAGAAUACGAAUUUUCUUGGCCUGAAGUCUGGAAGACAUGGAAUUGGACGAGCAACUACCCUACAUAUGAAGACCUUCGGUCUUAUUUUGAUCACGUUGACAAGGUCAUCGAGGUCAAAAAGGACUGUUCUUUUCAGACCGUGGUCACUGGAGCGCAUUUUGAUGUUCAAUCUGGAAAAUGGUCUAUCAGUACUCAGGAUGGCCGUACAGCAAUAGCCAAACCACAUUGCUUACAAAAAUUUAAGGCCGCACGCCGUUAUGUUCCACACUGGCCAGGCAUAGAUAAAUUCAAAGGCGUGAUCCAUCAUUCCUCUUUUUGGCCAGAUGAAAAAGUCCAAGUUCAGAACAAACGGUGCGCUAUCAUUGGGACAGGUGCUUCUGGAGUUCAGAUUACUCAAGCAUGGGGGCCAGAGGCCGGAGAUGUCAAGGUUUUCCAGCGUACUCCAAACCUUGCAGUACCUAUGCGCAAGCAUAAGCUCUCUGUCGAGGAACAGGAGCGCAAGAAAGAAUCUUACCCGGAGCUCUUUAGAUAUCGUGAGAAGAACUUCGCCGGUUUUCUCUACGGCUGGUACGAGAAGAACACAUUCGACGACACACCUGAGAUCCGUGAGGCUUUCUAUGAAAAGGUGUGGGCUGAAGGUGGAUUUCGAUAUUGGGUUUCUCUGUACAAAGAUAACCUCUCUAAUGCGGACGCCAAUAGAGAAUCUUAUAACUUUUGGGCGAAGAAGACUCGAGCUCGCAUUGAAGACGACCGAUUGAAGAAUCUUCUGGCUCCUCCGGAAAUGCCUCAUUUCUUUGGAGUGAAAAGACCUUGCCUGGAAUACAACUAUUAUGAGCAGUUCAAUCGGCCAAAUGUCGACCUCGUGAACAUAAAAACCAAUCCUAUCAAGAACUUCACAGAAACUGGGAUCAUGCUGGAAGAUGGUACACACUAUGAAUUUGAUGUCAUUGCAGUAGCUACUGGAUUUCUAGGCUUGCAAAGUAUCAACGACACCAAGCUGAAAGAAGAAUGGAUUCCUGGUGCUAAAACCUAUCUCGGCCUGACUGUGAACGGUUAUCCGAACAUGUUCCACAUCUACGGCGCGCAUGGUCCCACCCUCCUUUGCAAUGGGCCCACUGCUGUGGAAGUCCAAGGCCGAUGGAUUGCAGACUGCCUCCAAAAGAUAGAAAGCAACAAUAUCAAAUAUAUCAAUCCAAAGCCUGAAGCAGCAGACCGUUGGAAGAAUCACAUUAUCGAAAUCAACAACAAGACACUCUUUCCAACGACGAAGUCAACUUACAUGGGAGGCAGUAUCCCUGAAAAGGUCUUCGAACCUGUCUGUUAUCCAGGCGGAGUUCCAGCCUAUGUGGAAGAGAUUCGUGAGGCACUGGAUUCCAUGGAAGGAUUUGAAAUUGUUCACAGAAAUUGA